AUGCGCUACCGGGCCCACCGACGGAACGACUUUGCACCGCUGAAUCGUUCGCAAUCAGAUUCGGCUCAAGAUGGUGGUACUGCCUCUCCAAGACGGGCGAACAGCAAGGACGUGGAAGACACUACGGUGGCUUCGCUGGCGAGAGCUGCCAGCCACAGCAAGGAAUCCAAACAAUCCCGCCUUUCGUCCUUGAGCACCAGGUCGGUCACAUCUUGGCGCGCAAUUGCGCUCUGUUGGAUCCCCAUCACCCUCGUCUACUUUACCGUUCUGCCAUUCUUCGAAAGCAAGUAUCGAAUAUUCCGGAGACACAACCGCAACGAAGUAGCCGUAUUUUAUCACUGGUCCGACGAAGAAACCAAGCCCGGAUCCAAGAAUACGACCCACGCGGAAGAUGCCUUUCACCAUCAGUUAGCACAAGUCGCGGAGGCCUCCAAUCAAUACAAAAUCCCCAUGCGCCUCUACUACAGUACCUAUACCUCCACUGCGACUGGGUUACCGACUACGCUACAGCAAGCCGACGUCCAAAGUAAGUGUCGACAGCUCAAUUUCAAAGGUUCGUGUUGGCACGUGGAUCGGGUAGACCGUGACGUCAACGACAAGCGACCCGUCGAUCACCUCGAUACACUCCAGAAUCUUUACGAUUUUUGUCAACAGCAUCCCGAGCAGAUUGUUGUCUACUUGCAUAAUCAAGUGCAAGUACCGCAGCUCAACACGCCCGACCAACCAUUCGAUAUCAGUGCCUUUCACGUCGACACGUACCAACGUCACUUGACGUUGGCAGCCCUUUCAUGCUUGCAAUUGCUACGCGAUGGUGGCUCGGCACAGUGCGAUACCUGCGGUUUGCAAUUUUUCACGUCCUGGACGUGGUUCUAUCCCGGUAACAUGUGGUCCGCGCACUGCUCGUACGUGCGCCGACUACUGCCGCCCCGUGCAUUCCACCAGGCCAGUAUCGUCUUGAUCCAAAAGGUUGUCUUGCUGCGAUUCCGGCGCCAAAUCCUGACGAAUUCGUUCCGUGAUGGCGUCACACUGGAGCAGUGGGGAUUGGAUUCUCACGCCGCCGGACACUGGCUCGGCUCACACCCCAUUUUGAAACCGUGUGACGUGUCCGUAUCGGGAGACGUAUGGAACUGGGCACAAAAGGAGGUUCACAAGGACUUUCGCGAUUUUGUCGUGUCCCUUACCCCUCGACACCACCAGGCACCGUGGAAUCACGAUGCACAGGCGGUCGCGAAAAUCAACUCCGACAAACCGAUUCGAUUGCGCGAGUACUUCAAUCACAUGGCUGGACUGCUGACCAAAUGGAGUGUUUGGUAUCCCAGCGAAGUACCACCACAAUCUUCCUGGGUUUGGGAUUGGUUCGAAGACGGGGAAUUUUGGAAACAAGCCGUAGCCAUCUACGGGACGAAUGCGGCCGAAAGGGUUACCCUUGGCAACGUAGAAACGACUCAUAACAACGGCCACUCCGUGGUAUCCAAAGGAUCGAGUACGCUAGGAAGUGCAUGGACAUCGUUUGCAACCAAACAAAGGCCGUCCUCUUUGAAAAGGACAGUCGCCGACAAUACGGAUCUCGGAGGCACUGGCUUUCCUUGGAUCCCGCCGUCCAGGGAUCCCAACGCCAAACCUGUCAUUUUUUACAAUAUAUGGCUUCCGAAAGAACAACAAAUAGCGGCUGUGAAUCGAGUAAGAAAGCAGUUGGGGAUCAUUGAAAGCAAUUUUGAGGGUCAGAGACCUGUUGUGUACUACAAUCAUCUCGGAGACGGCCACUUCAAUGCUCACGAACUUUGCAGUGAAUACAACAGCGAGUGCAUUCGUUUGAACGAAUAUCUUCCCAACCAUCAAGGAGAGCUGUUCAUUAGCAUGCAGACCUAUUGCCAACUGUACCCGCACGCCAAAGUCUCGUACAUUUCAAAUACCGUGGAUCCCAUCAAGGGAAACUUUACAUACAACAAUGCGGAAAUGCUUUGGCGGCACGCAACCAAGGCUGCCACCAGCGACAAAUGCAAGCUUGAACCUGGAACUUGCAAUGUUUGUGGCUUGUCCUUUUACGCGCUCCCUUACUUUUUCUUUCUCGGACACAUGUGGACAGCGCAAUGUAGCUACGUGAAUGAUCUGAUAUCACCUCGCGAAUUUGAAAAGCGGCAGACGGAUACAGCGAGCAAUGCAAUGGUCGAAUCGAUUCGCAAACGUUUUACGACUUCGCUGUUUCCGCAAAUGAACAAGGCUUAUCUUGGCGUUGACGAAUUCGCGAUGGAACACUGGAUCGGCAGCCAUCCAGAUGUUCGGCCCUGUGAUCUUACCGGACAAGAAGCUGAUUAUUGGACUCGUGAAGAACGUGCUCCGACGCAGUUUUCUUGGGCAACAGCGCCUCGGCAAGCUUAUGUGCCAAAUUUGGACUAUCCGUGGCGGGCGGAUUGGGCAGUGGAGCUGCGCAACAACUCCAAGUACUUGAGGCUUGAAUACUACUUUAUGACUGGUCUCUUCUAUCGUUGGCGUGAACUGUAUCAGCGAUUCCCUUCGUCAGAUUCUUGGGUGUACAUGUGGUUUCCAGAGGGUCCGAUUUUUGAAGAGGCGGUUCGGAAUUAUGGCGUGAAGUCCGCUUUGGAAGAGGUCACGAAAGAAUUUCUUCCCUAGUCCCUUCCGCUAGAAAAGCACAUGGUUCGUUUGAAUCUUGUAAGGCAUUCAUGCUAGUAAAGGCUGGACAGAUAUUCUUGUUCACAGAUCGGAAAUAUGAAAGAGAUGGUAGUCAUGGUUCACAGAAGUAGUGUAGUUUUGCAAAUGUCGGUUCAAUAGUCGAAAGUAAGGUCAGAGUUAGGACAAUUUUUAACCCU